UGCAGUUUGGAUGAAUGGCAACGCUGCUGCAGUUUGACAUUCCUCUUUGCGCGCGCUCCGUAACGGAGCUCUUCCAAGUUUUUCUUCGAGCGGCGUGGACGAACGUACAAAAGGAGAAUAAGAAGAUAUCCAAAAGACGUAGAGCAGUCGUCCGUGUCCCGUGGCCCCUUGAAAAUUGAUUUUAAAUUGUAUUUCCAUAUUUUAGCUCUGCAAAAAGUAGAAAACACAUAAAAUGCGCGAAGUCAUCUCCAUCCAGAUCGGGCAGUGCGGCAUCCAGAUAGGGAACUCCUGCUGGGAGCUGUAUCUCCUCGAGCACGGCAUCAAUUUGGAUGGCAGCCCCAAGACCAGAGAGGAGUUGUUGGCCAGCGGCAGCAGCGCCAGUGUGGGACACGACACCACGGCAAAUGAUGCACGGACCUUCUUCACGGAGACGGGCAACGGAAAGCAGGUUCCACGCUCUAUAUUCGUCGACUUGGAGCCGACGGUCAUCGAUGAUGUGCGGAACGGACCGAUGCGGAGUCUCUACCAUCCGGAGCAGCUGAUCUCGGGGAAGGAGGAUGCGGCCAACAAUUAUGCCCGCGGCCGCUACUCCAUUGGCAAGGAGGUGAUCGACAAGGUGACGUCCCGGCUGCAAAAGAUCGCCGAGCAGUGCGACAGCCUGCAGGGCUUCCUCAUCUUCCACUCGCUGGGCGGAGGCACUGGCUCCGGGUUCACCUCGCUGCUGGUGGAGCGCCUCUCGACCGACUACAGCAAGAAGUGUAAGCUGGACUUUGCCGUCUAUCCCUCGCCCAAGGUUUCCACGGCCGUGGUGGAGCCCUACAACGCCCUGCUGACCACCCACUCGACCAUCGAGCACUCGGACUGCGUCUUCAUGGUGGACAACGAGGCCAUCUACGACAUCUGCAACAACAGCCUGGGGGUGGACCGGCCGGCAUAUCAAAAUCUGAAUCGGCUGAUCGCCCAGAUUGUCAGCUCCACGACGGCCUCCCUGCGAUUCAAUGGCUCCAUGAAUGUUGAUCUCAAUGAGUUCCAAACGAAUCUGGUACCCUUUCCACGAAUCCACUUCCCACUGGUGGCCUACGCCCCGCUGAUGUCCGCCUCGCGGGCUGCCCACGAGCAGCACGCCAUUACGACGCUGACCAACGCCUGCUUCGAGUCCUCCAACAUGAUGGUCAAGUGCGAUCCGCGAGCCGGUAAAUUCAUGGCCUGCUGCAUGCUAUACCGCGGCGAUGUGGUGCCUAAGGAUGUCAAUGCCGCCGUCUCGGCCAUCAAGUCGAAGCGACAUAUCCAGUUCGUCGAUUGGUGUCCCACCGGCUUCAAGAUCGGCAUCAACUACGAGAAGCCUGCCUUCGUGCCCGAAGGAGAUCUCGCACCCACGUCCCGUGCCUGCUGCAUGCUCUCCAACACCACGGCCAUCUCGGUGGCCUUCUCUAAUCUGUCGUACAAGUUCGAUCUGAUGUUCAGAAAGCGAGCCUUUGUCCAUUGGUACGUCGGCGAGGGCAUGGAGGAGGGAGAGUUCACCGAGGCGCGCGAGAACAUUGCCGUGCUGGAGCGCGACUUCGAGGAGGUCGGCCUGGACAAUGCGGACGAGGCUGCAGGCGAUGACGAAGAUUUCGAUGAGUACUGAGACCAGACCGAACAACACUAAAUAUUUCAUCUCAAUUAUGUAAAUAAAUUAAAAUAUCGUCUGGAAACGAA